GUCUGCCAAGUCAAAGGGACGCAGGACAGAUCCUUACCAUGUUUGUGACCUCAGCGGUUCCUCAGGCAUUUUCUACUCCAGGCUGGCAGAUUGAAAAGAAGUAUUCAACGAGAGUGCUCGUUGGGAACUGGGUGGAGGAGAGGAGGAAGUUCACCAAAGCCACUGACCACACACCCCAGUGCAUUUACAGGAAGGAAUAUGUCCCUUUUCCAGGACACAGACCAGACCAUAUUUCCAGGUGGUAUGGGAAAAGGAGAGUGGAGGGUCUCCCGUACAAGCACCUGAUCACGCACCACCAGGAGCCCUCAAACCGUUAUCUGAUCACCACCUAUGAUGACCACUACAAUAGACACAAUUAUAACCCGGGUGUGCCCGCCCUGCGGACCUGGAAUGGACAGAAAUUGCUGUGGCUGCCAGAGAAGUCUGACUUCCCCCUUCUUGCACCCCCAACAAACUACGGACUGUUAGAGCAAAUGAAGCAGAAAUGGCUUGCGCCCAAGACUGGCCUGAGGGGAAGCAUUUACAGUACAUCCUACCCCAGGCUGCCGGUGUGCGCUAUGUCUAAGAGGGAGCAUGCCAUCCCAGUCCCUCCCCCUCGACUACACCCCAUCCCACACUUCUGAGAACUACCAGCCAGAGCCAGCAAGAGACCCACGGCCUCACAGGACUUGUCAGAGAGCAAGCAUCUGCAGAUGUAACCCAAGAAUUAAUUAUGGACCAUUGUUGUGUGUGUGUGUGUGGGGGGGGUAUCUUGGAAUCAUGAUCUGUAUUUUAUGGUACCUUCU